AUUUUUGACGUAUCUUCAGAAGAAUAGCAGGCGUGAUCAGUAACGUCUAUGCUGGUGGUUUACCUUCUAAUCUCAUUAUUUACCACAAUAUAAGAUUGGAGCAAUUUGACGAAGCGCACAGUGAGACGGUAACAAGUAUAUAUAUCCUUCUCUUGGCAUUCGUGACCAACUCCUGUUAUUCCGGGACAAGCCGAAUAUUGCAGGUUACGGAAAGGGACGAGUGGUGUCGAACACUUCUCUUGGUUGGGAGAGCAGCUAGGAGAAGGAUGCGGAAAACAGUCUACGCUAGUGCUGUUGAGGAGCUUCCUUCCGCUAUUUAAAUACGAGGUAGCGCCGGGAACGAGGCAUCGCUGUGGGGAGCUAGGACUAGCUGCAUUGAGAUUUGUCUUGACCUGCUGACAGGGGGCGGAGCUCGUCCGCGCAUUUCUCCAUGAUACAACACAGUUGAUGAUGAUGAGUUAGAUGCCGAUUUAGAUUGAAGACACUGAUGAAAAACAAGAAACAGUGAAGAAUUUUCAAAGACUGAAUCAUAACGAUCAAGGACAGAUGGAUGAUAGUGACACGGAGUGUGGAGGAUGUACACCAGCAAAGUGCAGGAGGAAGCACAAUGACGGGGACACGUCAUCUGGCGGGGAAAACAUGGACCUUGCAGAUAUUCCCACGGACAACCCUCAAGGAACAACUGAAGGAGCAGGCUCUACUACGGAGGAUGCAGAUGUUGAUGAUAGUGACACAGAGUUUGGGGAAUGUACACAAGCAGAGUGCAGGAGGAAGCAUAAUGACGGGGCCGCGUCAUCAGACGGGGAAAACAUGGACCUUGCAAAUAUUCCCACGGACAACCCUCAAGGAACAACUGAAGGAGCAGGCAGUACUACGGAGGAUGCAGAAAAUAAAGAUGUUGAUGAAGAGAGUGCUGACGAAUGCUUGUUUGAUGACAUCACAGAUGAGGAAGAGGGGAAAGGAAUAGAAGACUUGUCACAGCUUGGAGCAGGUACUGUAGCGGUCAAACUACAGACUGUUCAACAAGAGUCAUACCAACUUGUAGAGAAAGCUGGAGAUCCAAUUGUGACACUAGCACAACACGUUGUGGGAUGUUGUCAACAAUCACAGGGAGAAAUAGCGUCAGCACCACAGCAACAUCAAGGGACACAACUCCAACCAGCUUCAGUUGGUGAUGUUGAUCAGACAACAAGUCAGGCACAGCUGCCCACAACUACAUCUUGUGUAGUUCCUAACACAACCAGUCUACAGGUCCCGACAACAGCAGCCCUGGCACCAGCGUCCACAUCAUCUCUCCUACCCAGAAUACCAGGAUCUGUUGUAUCAGAGAUACAGUCGUCCGGGCUACCCGUGGUACCAGUGACUGGUGAUUCCCGUGUAGGUGGGUGCAGAUAA